AACACAUAACUACUCAAAAGAAACCCGAAAAUCGCUUUCUCUUUCGGUUCUACUAAUAAAUUUUGAUUGAUUCCGUUCUGCAACAUCCCCACCGUCACUUCAAAUAUUCUCCGCCUCACCAAAAAAAGAUUCCCCACAUUUUCUCAUAUCUUAAAGCUUUCUUUUUUUCGUGCUUUUCUCAAGCCAAGAAUCUCUCUUUUCUUCCUUUACUUUCAGAUUCCUUCGUUCAUUAAUUAAUGAACUCUCCCCUUUUUAAUCACACAAUGUUCCUCUUACGUUCCUCCCUUCUCUCCACAUUUUCUCUCCUCGUCUCUCGCUGUUAUUUUCGAUUUCUUGAGCUCGUUUCGCUUGCGUUUUUACGUAAAAGAUUCGUGUUUUCAUGGCGCCUCCCGCUUCUUUUUCGCCGUCUUCAGGUGUCAGUUAUAUUUCUAAUCCUUGUAUUUAUGGGGAUUUUGUUUCUUCAUACGCAGAGAGGAAAUCUCGGCUUAUGAAAUGGCUUAGUAAGUUUUUUAAAAGUGGGCCGAGUGGCGGCGGCCGCGGUGGCGGGAGUAGCCGGCAUCCACAGCUUCUUGGAGAGGAAAAUAUGGUUAGCUUGCGUGCUCCGGCGAGAUCUUUGGAUGAGCAUUCUAGACAUGGUAAGGAGAAAGAUGAAUCUGAUCAUGCCAUGGCACUUUCUCUGUCUGAAGAUUGGAAAAGACCAGGAUAUAGAUGGAGAACAAAUCACGACGAAGAACUCGCUAAGGCGCUUCAGGAUAACCUCAAUUCAUCAGGAUAUCCUCCUUAUGCCCCUAAUCAAUCUACAUAUCCUCCUUAUGCCCCUUCACAAUAUCACCACAGAGGUUACAGAAUUUGUGGUGGCUGCCAUAGUGACAUUGGUUAUGGCAAUUAUUUGGGAUGCAUGGGACAGUUUUUUCAUCCAGAUUGCUUUCGUUGUUCGUCUUGUCGCUAUCCGAUUACUGAGAAUGAGGUAGUUUUAUAUAAAAGUAAAGAUCCAUAUCAUAAGUCAUGUUUCAAAGAGUUGACUCAUCCCAAAUGUGAAGUCUGCCAUCAAUAUAUCCCAACAAAUGAUGCCGGUUUGAUAGAGUAUAGAUGCCAUCCAUUCUGGUCUCAGAAAUACUGUCCAUCACACGAACAUGAUCAUACAGCUCGAUGCUGCAGUUGUGAACGCUUGGAGUCCCGGAAUACGAGAUACUAUUGUUUGGAAGACGGACGGAGCUUAUGCUUAGAAUGCAUGGAAUCUGCUAUUACAGACACCGGUGACUGCCAACCACUUUACCAUUCCAUCAGAGAUUAUUAUGAAGGGAUGAAUAUGAAGCUGGAUCAGCAAAUUCCUAUGCUUCUUGUCGAAAGACAAGCGCUUAACGAAGCUAUUGUUGGGGAGAAAAAUGGGUAUCAUCACAUGCCUGAGACGCGGGGUUUAUGCCUAUCGGAAGAACAAACUGUUACUAGUAUACAAAGGAGACCAAGGAUUGGUGGAAAUAGACUAGUUGGAAUUAGAACCCAACCGCAAAAGCUGACUCGAAAAAGCUGUGAGGUUACUGCUAUUCUCGUACUUUACGGUCUUCCAAGACUACUAACCGGUGCUAUUCUUGCUCAUGAGUUGAUGCACGGUUGGUUGCGUCUAAAAGGUUACCGAAAUCUGAGUCCUGAAGUAGAAGAAGGUAUAUGCCAAGUACUCUCGUACAUGUGGCUCGAAUCAGAAGUAGUAUUGCCAUCGAAAAGCAUGCCAUCUACAUCCGCAGCAGCAGCAGCAUCCUCUUCCUCCUCUUCUUCAUUGUCUUCAAAGAAAGGCGGAAAAUCCAACGUGGAAAAUAAAUUGGGAGAGUUUUUCAUGCAUCAAAUAGCCAAUGAUGCAUCCCCUGCUUAUGGAGGAGGCUUCAGGUCUGCAAAUGCUGCUGUCAAUAAGUACGGUUUACGUCGAACUUUGGAUCAUAUCCGGCUUACAGGACACUUCCCUUUGUAAUACUAACAAAGACUAUUAUUAUUCGGAUUUAAGUAUCAAUUUGCUCUUUGAACACUUAUACGCAAUGAGCAAUUAAUACAAAUUUUAAUUUUUUUUCAUUA